AAUGAUAUUAUAUUAUAUCAAUAUAUUGUUAAUUUAAAGAAGGAUACAGACUCAAAGACCAGCGUUAUAAUUUAUAUGCGCAAUGUAUGUGGAAGUCCGUACUGCAAUAGUGCGUAAUGAAGUAGCAAAAAAAUAUUUAAGGUACGACAACGAACUUGGGAUACAGCGAUAAUGUCUUAUCGGACAAUCAUUCUCAAAACAUUUUUUUAUCGUUCGAAACUAAUGACGAAAUCGAAAUGGCAUUGAAAACCAGUUUAAAAUGAGCGAGAAGUAGGCAACAGGUAUAAUUUUUUCGUACCUAUGUAAUUUGAUUGAUAUCUCGUAGUCGUAUACACUUAUAAUAUUAUCAUGUAUUUAUCGAACGCUUAGGAUCUAUUAUAUAGCUAUGAUGACGUAAGAAAUUAUUCAAAGAUGUAUAAUAUUGGAACGCGUAAAUUGUUUGCAAUAUUAAAACAGUAAUGGAUGACGUUGAAAUGCUUGAUGACCUACGAAAUUCGACCACCGUUACUGCAGUUCUAGUUCGGAGCUCAUCACGCGCGCACAAACUCGCGUAAUAAACGGGCGGUGCAAUCCUUAUAUGCGAUACCUAUAUUAUACCUAUUAUCCACACGUGAAUAUCGUAACCCAAGCGGAUCCUACAGCAUAUACCGUAUUCCCUGUACAAAAAAAAUCCCUAUGGCGACGGUGAAAAUGUCGAUCAUGGUCUGGCUGUCGUUGUUUUUGUGGUUGUCGGUUGACCUGCGGACACCGGUCGGGGAGGCUGCUCGAAUACUGGCCGUCGAAACAGUAGCGGGCAAGAGCCACUGGUAUUUCAUGAGCUCGUUGCUCAGGUCACUGACGGACGCCGGACACACGGUGACAGUUUUCACGCCGUUUCCAGACGGCGACCGGGUCAACUACACGGAGGUGGAUACGUCCCGUGACUUCCCGAUGAAACUCGAUUUGGACUUGAUGAAGACGAUGCGGGACUAUAGCGAUCCGUUCAAGUUAACGAACCUCAUGUCCAAACAGGCUCGAUACUACUGCGACGCGGUCUACGGAAACCAGAAGCUUGCUGACGUUAUGGCUCCUCUGGCAUGCGACCGGUACGACCUUCUCUUAAUCGAGCCGCUGGGCUUCGACUGCGUUUCGUAUCUGGCCGACGCGCUCGGUCUGCCUGUGAUCUACUCAAUCCCGUCACCGAUGAUCACCUUCGCCGAGCGGCUGUUCACCGGUCAUGUGUCCAACCCAGCUUGCGUGUCCAACAUGUUGGCAAGCCAUGCCGUGCCCGGCACAUUCAUCCAGAGAUUCACCAACACGGCGCUGCUGACGUACAGCAUGGCCAAGACUAAGUACGACCAGCUGGUCACCUUGUUCAUGGACCCGAGACCGUACGACCUGGCGCCGACCGUCAACCCGUCCAUAAUCUUCCAGAACGGUCAUUACAUCAGCGAGUCACCGAGACCGGUCACACCGAACGUUAUCUACGUUGGGGGCAUACACCUGAAACCCGCCAAAUCCAUACCAAAGGACAUAUUAGAGUUUAUCGAAGAUUCACCCCAAGGAGUGAUUUUCUUUACAUUCGGUUCCACAAUUAAAGUGUCAUCGUUGCCGGGACAUAUUGAACAGUCGUUUAAAGAAGCGUUGGCCGACAUUCCUCAGAGAGUUUUGUGGAAAUACGAAGGUGAAAUGAAGGACAAACCGAAAAACGUGAUGACGAGAAAAUGGUUCCCUCAACGAGAUAUACUAUUACAUCCUAAAGUGAAACUGUUCAUCAGUCACGGAGGUAUGUCCGGAGUGUACGAAGCUGUGGAUGGUGGUGUUCCCGUACUGGGAUUUCCAGUGUUUUACGAUCAGCCGAGAAACAUUGAAAAUUUGGUCCUCAAUGGAAUGGCUAUAUCCAUGGACCUGUUGUCGACGACCAAAGAAAAACUUUCUGAUGCCAUUUCGGAACUUAUCAACGACGAAAAAUACGCAAAAAAUGCUAAAAUUGCUUCCAACCGAUUCAAAGACCGACCGAUGACACCGCAACAGUCGGUCGUUUAUUGGACGGAGUAUGUAAUCCGUCACAAAGGCGCACCACAUUUGAAAUCUCACGCUCUGAACCUCACUUGGUAUCAGUACCUCUUGUUAGAUAUAAUUGCCGUAGCGUCGAUUUUUGUUUUCCUAGUCACAUUUGUCGUCUUUAAGGUUUUUAAAUGUAUAAAAACUUUUAAAAAAGAUAAAGUUAAAACUCAGUGAGUCCAGUAGUCAACGAUUUUAGACAUGAUAACUAAAAUACUGCACCAUUGUACUUACUUUUUACAUGGAUACGGAUCGUUUACUGUUUCAAACAUUUUAUUACUAUUAUUACUAUAUUACUUUUACUAUUUUUAUUAUAUAAACUGUUACUUAUUACUAAAAUUAUUAUUAUUUUGAUGUAACAGAUAAAAACUGUUGUUGUGUAUUCGGCGAUAGAUAAGUGUAAUAUAACUUUUAAGUGUAAUGAAA